AACCCCACCCCCCUGCACCUCUUCCUAGUCUCCAUGGCCCCCCUCACUGACCUACCACAGUGGAGACACAUCAGACCCUCUGACCUCACGUGUAAGUCCGGUAGCAAAGCCGGGAGAGAUCAUUAUGGGGUAGGGAUGCUGGGCUUGAAGGGAUCCGAAGGGCCCUCCCUGAAGCAGCUGGGUUGUGUGUUUGGGGUGGAAGGAGGUUGUUGACCCCACACUUAAACGGAUCUGGGCCAAGGCUGUUUGGAGGGUGACCCUGAGAGCAUUAGUGCAGAGAAGGGGGAAAGAGAAAGCCAAGACAAGGAGAAGAGCUGAGAGAGCAGAAAACAGCUUGAGACAAGCAGGGGGGCGGGAGGGGGGGGUAAGGAAGAGGACUAGGAGGGAAGGUGACAGACAACUCCGGAGCUCAGAGCAGCUGAGAGAACAGUGGGAAGGCUUCUGCGGGCCAGGGAGGUGUGGGGUGCAGGAGCAGAGGCCCGCUGCUCAGGCUGGCGAAUGUGGGCUGGUUGUCGCUCCCUAGGUGUGUUUGUUUACUGGUUCCUCCCAGCCUCGGACGCUCCUGCUCUCCAACCUGGGGCACUCAGGUGCAGUCAGUCUCCCGGACUCCAGAGCCCUGGACCCAGCCAUGGGCACCUCCAGGGCCGUCCUCUGCAUCCUGUUCUUCUGUGGGGCGCUGGGUAAGGGUCUCACCACUCUCCCUGCCCGGGGGCGGCUCCACUGUUACACCUGCAGCUUCGCCAAACCCUGCUACCCUGUUCCCACCGAGUGUGGGGAUGAUGAAGCUUGUGGCGUCAGCAUCGGCACCUCAGAUACCGAGGCUGAUGCCCUCUCCAAGCCCCAGGUCUCUGGCAAGGCAGGUGCUUGAUGGAGCUGUGGGUCCCAGGCAAGGGGAUGCAGGGGCCCCAUGUAUGGAGAGGAGGGGUGUCUUGCCAGGGAAUGUCCAUUUGGUAGAUCAGGAACUUAGGAAGGAGGGCUUGGGGAACGAUGAAGGGCGAAUUUAAUAAAGUGCUAUCUGGGGGUCUGAUAACACUGCCGUGCGUGAGUGCAUGUGUGUGUGCAUGUGUGUGUGCAUGUGUGUGCAUGCGUGUGUGUGCAUGCGCGUGUGUGUGCGCGCGCGCGUGUGUUUUCUCUAAAAGCAAACUGUAGCUCUUGGUGGUUGCGCUGGGGCUGGAACCCGGACCAUAAUUGUCAUCUCGUUCUCUGUUCUCUGUCUGUCAUUCGCGCCUCCUUCCUGCCUGCAGAUGAGCUGAAGCCACUGCAGAGUGGAGGCUUUAGGUGAGAAAGCCUCCAAGAUAGCUUUUCCCAGCGAGGCCCAGGCUUGCGCAGAUACACAAAAGGGCGCUGGAGGAGCUGCUGUGAGGGUGUGGCUGGGUGGCCAGCUCGUUUCUGCCUGACCUGCCCGCGUGGUGAGCUGGGAGCGUCCCUGCCUCACCAGCCCAGACCUGCCCCUGCUCCCAGACAGCCCUGCACGCAGGGCCCAUCACAGCCCCGCCCCGUGGACACUCCCGCCCCGUGGACACUCCUGCCCGGGGAGAUAGUGUGUGACUCGGAUCCCAGGACGUCAGGGUGACAUAAGCGACUCAUUGUUCCGGAUGCCACAAUGGAGUGCCUAGGAUAAGGAGGGUGGCAGGGUGGGGCCGAGCAUGGGCCCCAUAUUGACCCAGCUCCCUCCCCUUCCAUCUAAGGGAGUCUGGGGUCUAAGUGAAGGUGCUCGUUCUCUCUCAACUCUCCUCUGCUUUGUGACGAUGGAGCUGUUGACCUCAUUUAGAGGCAACUUGAGUUUCCUUUCCAUUCUCCCUGUCCCUCAAUCCCCCUGCUUCGUGCUUCCAUUUUUCUCUACCUCUGAUCAUCUCAUCCCUUGGUCUGACUGAGUCUCCUCCCUUCUCUCCCCUUCAGUUUCCCUCAUUUGCCCUCUGGCUCAAGGCCCUGGAUUCCUCUGUCUCCUCUCUGCCCACCCCACCCUCCUCACCCCUGCCAGCUGCACCAUGCUCCCCUCCAGCUGCAUCAGCUCCCUCAGUCCCAUGCCUGUGGGUUCAGGGCCACCCUCCACUGGCUUCUACAGAUAGGAGACCACACUUUUUCAAAGGUGACAUCACAGAAUAAUGAAUCUCCUUUCUCCCUCCCCCCCCC